AUGUGUGGCAGCGAAACAUCACGACCAGUCCUCGGCGGCACAAUCGCUAUCCUGAAGUCUCUCGGAGAAUCGACUCUACCAGACCUAUCAUUGCUAUUUCACCAAGACGAGGCUUCUACGACGACAGCAACAUUUCAAUCGUCGUCUGUGCCAGUCACGGCGGAUGCAGAUCUGAGUAGUUGUCAGAUUGUCAUAUUCCGCGACGGAGAUCUUAGAGCUCCGGCACCCACGACAUCGAUAUUACAUGUAUUCCCGCUGUCGACGAGCACAUCGCAAUCAUUCAGCUUGCCGAGGAAGCUUGACCUAGGCGUCGGUGGUGAGGGUGUGAUUGGAAGAAGAGUUGGACUCGUCAGGCAGACUCAAGUGCUGAGACAAGGCAUUAUCGGAUACAACUGA